AUGUGGGAGCAAGAGAGAGGCCUGGGAAUACCGGUUGAGGACCCCAUCGUGUCCACGGAUGAGGUCAUCUUCCCCCUGACCAUCUGCCUCGACAAGCUGCCGCCUGGCACCAUCAAGGCCAAGAUCGUGGUGACAGUGUGGAAAAGGGACACGGAGCCACCCGAGCUACGGGAGGGCGGCGGGUACCUGAGCCUGCUGCAGACACGGGCGCCUGCGCACGUCUUCCGCCAGGAGCAGGGCACCUUCAAAGCGCAGGUGAGCACCCUGCUGACGGUGCUGCCCCCGCCCGUGGUGCGAUGCCGCCAGCUCACCGUGUCCGGGAAGUACCUCACCGUGCUCAAAGUGCUCAAUGGCUGGUCCCAGGAAGAGAUCUCGCUGUGGGAUGUGCAGAUCCUGCCCAACUUCAAUGCCAGUUACUUGCCUGUCAUGCCCGACGGCUCCGUGCUGCUGGUCGACGACGUCUGCCACCACUCAGGCGAGGUGCCCGUGGGUGCCUUCUGCCGCGUGGCCAGUGCCGGCUCAGCCUGUCCCUGCACCCUCAGCGCCCUCGAGGAGCACAACUUCCUCUUCCAGCUCCAGGCGCCCGAGAGGCCCCCUGAGGAUGCCAAGGAGGGCUUGGAGGUCCCGCUGGUGGCCGUGAUCCAGUGGUCAACACCAAAACUGCCCUUCACCAGCAGCAUCUAUACACAUUACAGGUCAGGCAGCGUGAUGGAGCGACGUGCCAUCACCCCGCCAGUCGGGUCCCCUGUGGGGCGUCCCCUCUACCUGCCCCCCGAAAAGACGGUGCUGUCCCUGGACAAGAUUGCCAAGCGGGAGUGCAAGGUGCUGGUUGUGGAGCCUGUCAAGUGA